AGAUUGAUUUUAAAAUGGUUUUAAAAAAAACCUAAUGAAGCUCAAUCAAAAUAAACAAAAGCCGAAAAUAGUUUUUCAUCUUAAAAAUAUCUAAGAAUGUUCAAAGAGUAUAGUCUUUUCAUUUAUUUUUAAAAACGGAAAAUGAGACUGGCAAACCAAAAUUAGAUGUUCCCAUCGAAGCUAUUCUUACCUAUUAGAAGCAAUCAAUUAUUAAAUUUGUUAAACCAAUUGAAACAAUAAAUCCGCCUUAAUCUGUUCUUGCAUAUACAACGUCAUUUUUGCUCUUUUCACAAGUUAUAUUACUUUUUUGGUAGAAAAGCAAAAAAAUGAGGUUUUAUGUACGCUUUUUGCAGCUUAUUUGUUUUUUGGCAUUAAUCACUUGGAUACUCAUUUACUACAUAAAACUUCAAUCUGACAUCUUCCUGGAGACACCCUUUCAUAAAAAAAAUACAAGUGAAACAUUCACCUAUAAAAAAAGUACAACAAAAUAUGAAACAACAAACAAGGUUUACCGACUCGCUGUUGUUUGUUACAUACCUUCGUCACCUAACGAAGUACAAACUUUUUUAACUAUGUUGUAUGGUUCCUGGAGGUAUAUAAGUAAUAAAAAAAAUGAAUUUAGUAAAACGCGUCGUUUAGUAAACCAUGUCAAUCUUAUAGUAUUUACGCAUGUCGAUAAUAUAGUUACACUAAAAACUGUUUGCCAAAAGUAUAAUGCACUAUUAGAUAAAAAAGAUAAUGACGAACGUUGCUGGUAUAUUCGACAAGAUUAUGAGAUGGAUAUUGGGUAUGAUGCAGUUAACUCGUUUAUAAUGUUUAAUCGGACCGACAUAUACAAAAUUUUAAUGCCGUAUAAAUAUACUAUGCGCACCGACUACGAUGUGUUUCUAACCCCAGCAUUGUAUACAUGGAAAGUUAAAAAAGAUUUGGUGGUAGGAAGAGGGAAUUACGGUGUUUCUUUUACACGUAAAAGGUUAAAACAAAUAUCACUAAAGUUGAAUAUGACUCAUAAGGGGGUUCAUAAUGUUGGAUCAACAUGGGUUGGGGAAUCAAAGUUGUUUAUCAACUUAGCAACAAAGGUUUUAAAAAAUACAGCUUUAAUAUACUUAAAUGAAUUUAAUCCCAACUUUCCUGGAUUACGAAAUCUUAAACUAAAAAAAAAUAAAAACGGUGUUUGGCCUCUGUGGUGGAGGCCAGUCUCUUUAUUAUACGGGGCGGAAAUUUCACUCAACCAUUGGAUUGACAAUUUUUCCGUUUUGAACAAAGACCAUUUAGAUACAUCUUCAUGUUCUAAUUUUAGCAUAUGGAAUAGCCCACAUGUUCAUUGUUGGCAUAAUAAUUGUGAGUUCUACAAGUUUAGUUUCUUUGAGAAAUUAAAUGCAAUUCUUGGUACAAGUGAAUAUAUUUCAUCUUCUAAUUUUCACCUUUUAUUCGACAAUCUUUGCGAUAAAGAUGUAUCAAAAAUGACUAUCAGUGAAUACUCAACUUUUAUUGCAUGGAAUUCAGCUGGAAAAUAUCUGAGUAAAAUGAUUAAUUUUAAAUAGAUAUAAAUUUUUAUAAA